AUGCUACAAAGCGCCGGGAGAAAAGCGAGUUGCGCCAUUGGAGGUCUCCGUCGGCUGGCCCAUGCCGUGGCUCGACUGCUACCGCUCUCGACCGCCAUCGACCCUAAGAUCAAUACCUCACUGCCGCCGUUGAUUUUCCCGGAAGAUUAUGACGACAAAAACGUGAAGAUGAGCUACCUUGUUUCCCAUUUCCUUGUGGUGCCAUGGAACUCAUG